ACGGAGGGUCUGGAUGUAUUUCAACUUUCAACGUUCAGCUAUCAUUUUUUCCUACAGAGUAUUCUGCACGAAAUUUCUCCGUUCCACCGAUGUGUUUGGGUUUUGCGGGUAAAUUUCCAUCAUUUUUUCCCUGUAUAACCACAUUUAAACAUGCAGCCUCCUCCUAGAAAGGUAAAAGUCACACAAGACGUGAAACACACUCACACAGAGCAGCUGAACCGACUACAGCUCAAACACCAGACAGACUGGGACUUUCUGGAAGAUCUGAGGACGUACAGCCAGAAGAAAGCACUAAUAGAGAAAGAUUACUCACAAGCUCUGCAUAAGAUUGCCUCACAGUAUUUGAAGCGGGAGUGGUCAGGAGCCCCUUCAGAAGAUCCACGAGACUCCAGGAAGGUUUGGGCUGUAUGGAGGUCAUACUUGGAAGGUGUGAUGAAAGUGAGCCAGUCUCGUAUCAAUGGAUGUGAGAACUACAGGAGCCAGAUCUCAGAUCCCAUUAAGACUCUCAGAAUACAGAAAGACCUGCAGCUGAAGAGGAGCUGUGAACAGCUGGCGAGAGCUCAGGCCGAUCUGCAGGUCACGAUCAGAGACCUGACGAAGACCAGAAAGACCUACCAGGAGGCGGAACAGACAGCGCAGUCUGUGAGAGAGAAAGCUGAUAUGGAGGCCAAGUCAAAACUUAGCCUGUUUCAGUCUCGCUCCAGUUUGAAGAGAGCAAGUGUGAAGCUGAAAGCCAAGAAGAACGAAUGGAAGUCCAAAGCUACACAAGCGAGGAAUGAUUAUCUGCUCACACUGGCAGAAGCUAAUGCUCAUCAGGACCGUUACUAUGAGACAGAUCUGAUCAACUGCAUCAAGGUUCUAGACGGCAGUUUCUACGAUCAUGUACAGAGUUUUCUGAUCUCACUGUGUCAGACGGAGCUUGAGACAUCUCAAAGCAUUCAGGACACUUUCCAGUGCUUGCUGGAGAUGUCUAGUGGCGUGACACAGGAUAUUAACCAGCAGAUUUUCAUUCAGGAGAACCCUGUUCUUCAGAAAGCCACCCCCUUCCAGUACCAGCCCUGUGAAAAUGAUUUGGUCAGUGAGCUACUGAAAGAGAGUGGCACAGCUGAAGACCACAGUCUGAAUAAGGAAGCACGGAAAUGGGCCACACGUGUUGCCAAAGAGCACAAGAACAUCAUCUUCACACAAAGGACACUGUCGGAGUAUGAAGAGUCACAUCAACAAGACCAGAACAACAACGAACUGGAAAUGAAAAUGGACAAUGCGAGAGAAUGCAUUCGUAAAUCAGAGACAGUAAAACUGAAGGCAGAUGCUCGUCUGAACCUGCUCAGAGAUGUGGGUGUGGCUGUAGACAUCUGGCUGAAGAGUGCAAUGAACCAAGUGAUGGAGGAACUGGAGAACGAGAGAUGGGCCACCGUCAACAAUACCCAUGAUGCUUCCUUUUCUCACGCUGUUGAUUUUGACCGAGAGGAUGAUGAGGACACAGAGACGCUGGAUGACAGCAGUUCCAGCCUCUCCAGCACUCACAGGAACUACCCCCUCACCUGCACUGUGCUCUACUCUUAUCAGGCAUCCCAGCCUGAUGAGCUCACCAUCCAGGAACAGGAGAUACUGGAGCUUAUUGAUGACGGGGACAUGGAGGACUGGGUUAAGGCUAGGAACAGAGCAGGGCAGGUGGGAUAUGUACCGGAGAAAUACCUGCAGCUCCCAACAUCCAGCUCUCUACUGAGCAUGCUUCAGUCUCUCUCCAGCCCGGACACUCAGUCACACACCUCCAGCACCUCUACAGAACAUGAGCCAGAAAUAGAGACACUAACCGCACAGAGCAGCCCGAACUGUCAUGCCAACACUAUAAACUUGGCCAGGGCUCUGUAUUGCUAUGAGGCUCAGACAGAGGAUGAGCUGUCCUUCCCAGAGGGAGCUGUGAUUCGAAUCCUCAGCAAACACAACCAGGAGGAUGAUGGGUUCUUGGAGGGUGAGUUCAAUGGUGCAGUGGGAGUCUUUCCUGCAGUGUUAGUGGAGGAUCUUUGCGGACCAGAGGGUGCACGAACACACAGGAGCAUGAACGUGCAGGUGUCUCUAUCAGUUCAGGAUCAUCCACCCUGUUCGGUGAACCAGUUUCCAUCUUGUAGCAGCCCGGUUUCCCACUCAGUGACGCCCCUGACCAGCUCACACACUUUGAAUGGCUACCAAACCCCAGAACCCCCCAAAAUUCCAACCCAAAGCCACACUCACACCCCAUUACCCAGAUCCCUAGCAGAGUGCGGGUCAUGCACCAUAAGACCUGUACGAGCUGCCCCUCCACCACCGAAACAGCAGGCCCAGGGCCAAGUGCAGAAAAGGGAAGAGGUGGAAAUUACACUUGUGUAAGCACCACCCUAGAGGCAGAUCUUUUUUGUUGUAUAUUAUUUAUUUUUUUUAUCCCCUUUUCUCCCCAAUUUGGAAUGCCCAAUUCCCACUACUUAGUAGGUCCUCAUGGUGGCGUGGUUACUCACCUCAAUCUGGGUGGCGGAGGACAAGUCUCAGAUGCCUCCGCUUCUGAGACAGUCAAUCCACGCAUCUUAUCACGUAUCCCAUUGAGAGCAAGAACCAAUAAUCGCAACCACAAGGAGGUUACCCCUUGUGACUCUACCCUCCCUAGCAACCAGGCCAAUUUGGUUGCAUAGGAGACCUGGCUGGAGUCACAUAGCACACCCUGGAUUCGAACAUGCGACUCCAGGGGUGGUAGUCAGCGUCAGUACACGCUGAGCUACCCAGGCCCCCAGUGCAGCCAGACUUGGAUGCAUAGAUGCAUGAGUUUGAUCCUGUUUAGAUACAGAUCAUGUCAGCAAAAGGAGACUUGAUGCAGGUUGGAUAAUGUGGAAUUAUCAUGGUUCCAGACCUUUUUCAUCUCAGUUUUUUUAGGGCAAUUAAAAAACAUAAAGACCAAAUGUAUUAUUGUUAACCAUCUGUGGAAUGCGCAUGCAAAAGCUGACUCUUCAAAAGCAGAAAAAGACUUUAAAGAGAAAAGUGGCAAUUUCAGUAUGAUUUUUAGACUUGUUCAUUUGUAUAUUUGAUUAUAUAUACUUACCAUAAACGCUUUAAAGGGGUCAUGACAUGCCUUUUUUAUUAUUUUAAUAUGUUCUUUGAGUUUUACUUGUCAUAUUAGUAAAGUUUUUUGCACAAAAAAGUAAUAUAUUUGUAAAACAUGCUCCUCCUUUAAGACUUGACAGUACACACCCACUGUUAUGAUUGGCUCUCUGCUUUUGAUUGAUCUGCCAUCUCAUUGCUUACCGCUACUGGGCGGGCUACAGAAGUGAUUAAAGGUAAAGUAGGCUUUGAUGUGUUGUUGUGGAGGCAGUCAGAUGCAAAUGUAUACCACAGUGUGACAUCACAAUCUGGAGGAAGUAUAGGUGUCGUUUUGGCAGCUUGGUUUCAAUGAAUGCACUUUUUGCUGUGAGGAGGAAGUUUUGAGUUCUGAACCGUAUAGUAUGUUUUCAUAGUACAAUGGCUUAUGUCACAAGGAAAAAUUAAUUGCUCAUGUCAUGACCCCUUUAAAGUUUUCAUAGCAGGGCUAACAAAUUUAGAUUAAUAUUACAGUUUUAGCUUACCUGUAAUGGUAACUUUAUUACUUUAUGGUCAGUAUUUUAGUUGAGUCAAUCUGAUCUGAAAGAUAUUGACCAAUGCGUCAUUUAAAUGAUGUUCAGAUAUUUUUAGCCAUUGUACAUUUCAGGAAACUAAACUCAACUUGGAGCACUUUAGAUUUAGUUUGUUUUGCAGUAUUUCAUUCUGUGGAAAUGCACUCGUUUUCUUUUGUUGUCAUUUUCUGUAUUAACGUAAAUGUUCUUUAUAAUCUCAAAGGUCAUAUGUGUAAUUUUACGUUUAACCCUCAGACACCCAAGCACAGAGAUUGAUAAUAUACAGUGCAUUCAGAAAGUAUUCAGACCCCUUCUUUUUUUUCACAUUUUGUUAUGUUGCAGCCUUAUGCUAAAAAGCUUUAAAAAAAAAUUCACAUCAAGCUACACUCCAUACCCCAUAAUUACAAAGCAAAAAACAGAUUUUUGAUAACUUUGCAAAUUAUUGAAAAGAAAAAUAUCACAUUGACAUAAGUAUUCAGACCCUUUGCUAUGACACUUGAAAUUUAGCUCAGGUGCAUCCCAUUUCUCUGGAUCAUCUUUGAGAUGAUUCUACACUUUGACUGUAGUACACCUGUGGCAAAUUCAGCUGAUUGGACAUGAUUUGGAAAGGCACACACCCUUCUCCAAUUCAAGAACAAAAAGUUAUGUCUGUGAUUUCAUUACAAUUCACUUUCAUUUUCUUUCAGCACUGUCACAUUUGUGUAAAGUACUGUAUUCAUAUUUGUUUG